AGCGCGGCGGCUCCGUCCGUGCUCCUGUCCCUGCCCCUGCUCAUCUCGCCUGUCGCUGUCUCGCAGGUGACGGUGCGGGAUGCGCUGAACCAGGCGCUGGAUGAAGAGCUGGAGCGGGAUGAGCGCGUCUUCCUGCUAGGCGAGGAGGUGGCGCAGUACGAUGGAGCCUACAAGAUCUCCAGGGGGCUCUGGAAGAAGUACGGGGACAAGCGAGUGAUCGACACGCCGAUAUCCGAGAUGGGCUUCACGGGAAUCGCUGUCGGUGCUGCUAUGGCAGGAUUGAGACCAGUGUGUGAAUUCAUGACAUUCAACUUCUCCAUGCAAGCCAUUGACCAGGUUAUCAACUCUGCUGCCAAGACCUGCUACAUGUCUGCGGGAUCCAUCGCUGUUCCCAUCGUGUUCCGAGGCCCCAACGGAGCGUCGGCCGGAGUGGCCGCGCAGCACUCGCAGUGCUUUGCAGCCUGGUACGGGCACUGCCCUGGCCUCAAAGUUGUCAGCCCGUGGAGCUCAGAAGAUGCCAAAGGUCUGCUGAAAGCAUCAAUCCGGGAUGACAAUCCAGUUGUGAUGCUGGAAAAUGAAUUACUGUAUGGUGUUCCCUUUGAAAUGUCUGAACAGGCACAGUCAAAGGAAUUUGUUAUUCCCAUUGGAAAAGCUAAAGUAGAAAGGCAAGGAACUCAUGUUACAUUAGUGUCACACUCAAGGCCUGUUGGACACUGCUUGGAAGCAGCUGCUGUACUUGCCAAAGAAGGUGUAGAGUGUGAGGUGAUAAACCUGCGAACCAUCCGCCCGAUGGAUGUGGAAACGGUGGAAGCCAGUGUGAUGAAGACAAACCAUCUGGUGACUGUGGAAGGAGGUUGGCCACAGUUUGGAGUAGGAGCUGAAAUCUGUGCCAGGAUCAUGGAAGGAUCUGCCUUUAACUACCUGGACGCUCCAGCUGUGCGCGUCACCGGUGCCGAUGUCCCCAUGCCUUAUGCCAAGAUCUUGGAGGAUAACUGCAUACCUCAAGUGAAGGAUAUCAUAUUUGCAGUGAAGAAAACUUUGAACAUCUAAGUUGUAAAUAUAUGUUUUAAAGUCCUGCUUUACAAAGCAUUGUUGGUGUUGGGCGAGUUGUAUGCAUAACUUCUGUUGUAUAAGCUACAUGGACUUUUGUACAGUGGGAGAGUCUAGUGACCUCCCAAAAUAUUUAUAUAGGGUUACCCUCUAAGCCACACUUCAUAUAUGCAAUAAUGUGGUAAUGCUUGUUUAUUCAACAGUACAGGUGGGUUAAUGCUGCUGAUUGUGGAGAAAUCCUGUUCCAAGUU